AUGGUACGCAGGAACUUCUUCUGCCCCAUUUGUGGGGUCGUUAUCGAGCCAGUUACGGUCAAUGCACUAGGCGAGGUAACGGCGCUGGAAUGGUACCAGAUGAUUCGUGUGGGUUCGUUAUUCCCUCAUCUUAUGACCUCUAACCUCCGUUGGUUUCAUUGUUCGCCCGGGCUGAUUAUUGCCGUGUGGCAAACAGUCAGACGUCACGUAUUUUGGGCCCCGGCUACAAUCAGUGGUAUAGGUUACCUCGACCCCAAUGAGAGAGUUCUCGCCACGCCUGAACCAGAAGCUUCUAUCACAGACCGACAUGCCCAACGUGAAGAAUAUGUCAAAUUCCUUGAUAUUGAUGGACACUGGUCUUUCAUCCUUCAUGCCGGCUGCUGGGAUAUCAUUAUCCAAAGCACACCACGAACGGAAUCGAACGUUACAAGAAUUUGUACUACCUUACACGCUAUACUCUACUGUUCCGUGUGGAAAGGUACUUGCAUUGAAGACUCGGAGCAUGGCUCUGAGGGCGCAGCCCACUUUCAGCGACAAUUUGACAGCCCUGAGGCGGAUAUUAUCCGCAGUCAACAUGCUUAUCUCUUGGUUAACCCCUCUCACUUACUUAGUGUGGAAAGCUUGUUCCUUCCAGGGCGCGAACAUGAUAGCUUCCCUUGUACUAUCAGUGUCCCCAGCACCAUUGGUGCCGACAGUGAUAGGUUUUCCACUCUCCCAACUGAAAUGAUACAUUAUAUUUCCAGCUACCUAUCCUCAAAAUCGGUGGGGGACCUGAGAUUGGCCUCUCCUUGGGUAGCUGCCAAAACUGGUGUCAUGUCCCUGCCACAAGGCUUUUGGUGGAGCCGCUUUUGCCCCGGUUUUGAGAUGGACUUUGCGUUGCCAAUACUGACUGGACCAGUGUCAAAUGGGCGUCGAGCUUACUUCGCAAUCAAAGCGGCACUGCAUCUUCCGGAAAAUUGGGGCCUCAAAAGUCGACGUCGGAUAUGGAAUUUUAUCUCCAAACAUGCCGAUUUGCUCCAGCAUCACACUGUUGAAAGUGGAAUUUUGUCCGUGGUGCCUUCUAUCCUGGCGAUUCACAUACUCUACCGCAUCGACGGAGCAGAGGCUUUUCUGGUAACCUUUGGUUCCCGAGAAUACAUAGCCGGCCUGCGUUUCACACUCACAGACACUUAUACUGGUCAGGAGCAAACGCGCCUUCUUGGUUAUACUGGUCAGAAGAAGCAGCCUUUUGUCAUGUUUCCUUCAUCGCAAGACGUUGUAGGUUUUGGCGUGGCAAUAUGUGCAGGAGGCAUUGUCGGCUUGAGAUUACUCUUGAGGCGCGACACGCUCACUUGCUGGACAAGAUGGAUUGGGAACACAGAAUCCAAGGAGGCGCAUAUUUCAUACGGACAUUUGGUUCCGGAGAGGCCUGUCGAAGAGCUUCAUGUUCUAGCACCCUUUGACGCAUUCAAAAUGGUCGGAAUGGGAAUCGACGACAGCCCAUCCUGUUCUCCACCUAGCCAGCCACCGCAGCUCGAGCCAGUAUGGACACCAUGUCCCCCACGAGCUGGACCGCGCUUGUUGCCUGGGCUUCAGGCUCUUUCUUCCCAAGUUCUUAAUCGUUUCCUGAACAUUGACUUUGGCGGUGAGCGCGGGGAAAGGCUAGCGCACCUAAGCCGAGUCGUAGCGCACAUCUCCAAGCCCCAAUGUCCUAUACUAGGUUUAAGCUUCUACUUUGUUGGACUGGAACCAUUGCACUUCGGCCGUCAAGGAAUGAUAGAAAUGUCAUUCCUAAUCGAUGGACCCAAAGGAGAGAGAAUACAGGGCGUUGCAUACGAUCGAAGAUCGGACGUUGUCGUCGCACUUAGGAUGCUCACUAACUUUAGAGGCGACAUAACAUUCGUAGCUAAUCGACUCAUCGGUCCGUACAGUGCGGGCUGCGAUCCGGACUGGCAAGACAAGCUUGACCAUAUGAGUAAUAUAAUAAGGGCACCUAGAGGAGAAGUUAUUGUUGGCUUCACUUCUGUUCUUGAAGACGCCGGUGAUUCGUUCCAGACAUUCGGAUUACAAUGUGAAACGGCGAAUGCCGUAGAAUUGCAUCAGCCACAACUUUUGGGGACCGACAAGCAUCAGAUGCCAAAGCUUGAGGGGAAGAGAAUAGACGACAUAAGUGAUUAUGUCGAACGCCGAUGUUAUGACUACACUACUGCCUCCCUAGAUGGCAUCGUCAGAAUACGAUUUUCCUGUGGACAAGACGGUCGUCCCAGACGGUCAGAUGAGAUCUCUGGCUUAUGGCUAGAAUAUAGUGCCGCCCGUCCCGUUAUUCUGGGGCAGUGGAUCACUGAGGUUGGUACAAUUACUUUGCCGGAAAAUGAGCCUAUAACGGAAAUUCGACUUUGGCUUAGGGGAGCUACAAGAUUUUUCAAUUACUCACGGCCCGUUGGUCGUGUGAUGCAAAUUGGAAUAUCGACUCAUACUCAAUCUUUCGUGUGGCCACCGACUCGGCCCUCUGACGAGGGUGGAAUAGUCUGCUUGACCUUCCAGAGCAGUUACUUGGAGAAGUUGUCCUUGCUUAUGUGGGUAAUGAUUGAUACCUGGGAUUCAAUCUUUCCCAUUAUGGCCCCUUUAUCGCGAGCCCGUCAUUUGACGUGUUGGAGCGGCGGCUUGUUCAGAGAAACAAAAUACCCAUGGGAGGAACCUCACAAGGUACUAUGGACACUCGGAAACGGCACCGACCGCUUAAUUUCAAUUACCCCAUUUCAAACCCGCUCGAUGUGGAAAGGAAUCUCAGGAUUGAGGUUCACUUACGAGUCUGGGCGAACUAUCAACGCCGGCACUGCCACCACCGGUGAUCCUACGUUGCCCGGAAUCACGGUUGAAAAGGAAGACCGCCUUUACAAGGUUGUUAUCCGUAAAGGCAUUGAAGAUUUCGUUGACAUAUAUGUAAGACUUGAACGAACGUUCAUUUAUUUUCCGGCGAGUUUCUCCCGUGAUAUUAAUGUCGGAACCUUGUAUUUCUCCUUCAAAAACGCGAAAACUGGUCAAGUCACUACGCAAUCCUUUGACAAUUAUAAGAACUUUCAGGAUCUAGUAUGCGAUGGCGAGAUCUCUCGGUACAUGAUUGAUAUUGACCAGAGACACUACAACUUUGACGAUGGAUGGAAAACGCUUCAUACACUACCUUCGCAGAUUCCAGAUGGUGAAGUAGUAGGUCUCUAUAUUUCUGAUGUUCGAAUGGACUUGAAUGUGGGGCUAGUUCUGCUGCAGGAGAAUUCCGUUUGA